GCAAGCCAAUUUGCCGUUUCAGCUUCGUCACUUGGGAAAUGAUGAGGUUCAUAUUGUGUGGUCUGAGCACACCAGAAAUUAUCGCAGGGGUAUUAUACCAACAGAUUUUGGAGAUGCUUUAAUUAUUAUUUAUCCAAUGAAGAAUCACAUGUUUUUCAUAGAGAUCACAAAGAAACCAGAGGUGCCAUUUUUUGGUCCUUUGUUUGAUGGGGCAAUUGUGACUGCAAAACUGCUACCAAAUCUUAUCCGGGCCUCGUGCAUCAAUGCCAGCAGAGCUGUGAAGUCCCUUAAAACUCUGUAUCAGAGCUUUUAUGAGGAAAGAGCUCUGUACCUUGAAGCAAUAAUCCACAACCACAAAGAAGCAAUGACAUUUGAGGAUUUUGCUGCUCAGGUCUUCUCUCCCUCUCCCAGUUACUCCCUUAGUGGAUGUGAUUAAAAUAUGUAAAGAUCUCAUUACAGUAAUUGAGAAAGGCUGUCUCACUACAAGUCUGAGUGCUGAUCUUGCCACAUCUGUAGGGACAGAGCCAGCAGAGCAGAUGCCACCAACACUGUCAAGUGCCACAAAAAACAAGCUCUCUGGGAAGCUGCGCCGAUCUGCGAGCACGCUCAGUAAAUCUUCAAGUUAAAGCACUUUCAAAGCUGAAAACAAUGUCAGGAGACAUAUACUUUAAGUCUCCUUUCAUUAACUAUAUUCCUGGAACUGGUAAUAUUUGGAUACCGCCUAAUGAACUACAUUUUCAUAUAAAAUUAUGAUUCCUGAAGUUUCAAACUUAACAUUUUCAUGUGGAUCAUCUGAAUUAUGCAACAUGCUUUUCACUUGAUAAUUUCUGCCACUGGAACCAAUGAAGUCAAGAGCUCUUUUGGCAAGUUUACCAUUUAACUGUAACCCUAUUUUCUUGUUUUACUAGUAGAGAUUGUAGAACUGAAAACCAAUGAAUUUCUUGGUUGUGACAUUUAAAUUGCAUUAUAAUUUGAAAUUUAGUAGGCGGAAUUUUUAGUUUGCUGAUGAAAUGCCAAUUUAGCCAAGUGAUGUACUUUUUAAGUCCCACUGAUGCCAAUAGGGAGAUGAGAGCAUGGUUUACUAAUUCUCUUCUUUUGAAAUCAAUGGAACUUUGCAAAGAGCUUCACUUUGGUUGGAAUGUGCCCAAAUAUGGAUAGAUGAUUCUGCUUUUCAAUAUAUCUUCAGACACACUAUUUCUUUCCCACUAUUUCUUUCCAAAGACCAUUCUUCUGUGCAUAACUAAGUACACUUCAACAAUAACUGUUCUGAGUAACUGUUAUAAACACUGGUAGUAAAAAUAAAAAACAGAAAUAAUGUUUUAUAUACAAGACAUACAUUACUAGGUCAUUUAAAUCUCACUUUGGGUAAGUUAAAUAUGGCACAUGCCAACUCAGUUUCUGUUUCUUAAUAUCAUUCAUGAUAAAAUUGGACCAAAGUUAAAUACUUUCUUACUCCACAUGAUUAGCGUGGUGUGAUUUAAUCAUGUCUAGAAGCACUUGCUACUUGAUCAGUAUAGAAAGACUGCUUUCCACAUUCUGGAAAAAUGUGGAUCAAUAUAACGUUUAUCGUGAAAUCAAUCCAGAACAUCCGCAUACAUUAUGAAGAUAAAGCUGGUUCAUGCAGUCUUGAAAUGUGCAGCAGUUCAGGAUCAUGUACCCUCUCACCUUCUUGCUUAGGACUUCCAGUAUGACCUAAGGAAAUGUUUGUCCAACUAAACAAUCAGACCUAGCUGUAUCUAUGAGCUGUGCUAGUGCAAACCAUUAUUUUCUAGUUAUGCAUGUAGCAAAUCACACUGGUCUUUCCUAUCCAAUUCUUGCCCAGACACUUUGUGUAGAAAAUACUCGUGUGACCAUCCCAUCCCCAACCACAACAUUAAUUGCUGUGGAUUUGGAGGCUCCUCACUCAUUGCAGUACCAAAUUAUGGUGCCCUCUGUGAUUAGGCAUUUUUACCAAGUUGUCACUUUGCUACAGAUUAGAUGUGGAUAGCUUGAUUUUUCUUCUUUGUUAUUUUGUCAUGAAUUUUGUUUUGUUGCACAUAUUUUCAUGUUGGGGGAAACUGUUCACUAGUGCUUCUAGUUAUUAUAGCUAAUAGCUAACCUCUUUUUCCAUUGGCGUGGAAGGAAAAAAACAGUAGUGUCUUAUAUAACAUAUUUCCAAAUACUACUGCUUAUAGCUAUGCUUUCAGAUUGAAAGUAUUCUUAAUUUCGUAUGUGACCUGGAGACUUUGAGAGCUACAUAUUUUUAAGUGACAAACUGAAAAUUUUGCACAACCCAACCACUCAGUGAUAAAGGUUUAAGGAUGAAAAAUACAUUUAAAAAUUGCCCCCUGAGAGUAAAUUGGAUUGAAAUAGCUUGAAGCCAUUUUCUCCCAGGCCUGCAAUAUGCAUUAAACUUUGCAGUAAAAGCAACACCUUUCAGGAACAACAUUGUUAGGAACUGGUGGUGUGUGGAAUUCUUGCUCUUUUGAAGUCAGCAACCUCAAUCCAGCGUGGCAUCAGUACCACCCUGCAGUAAAUGCAAAGCAUUUCUUGACACUGAAAUGAAUACAGCAGCCCUAUUUCUGACUACUAAGGUGCAUGUAUCUGGAAAGUUUCAUGGGCUUACUUUGAGCCCACUGCCAUAGUUAUUUAGCUGACUUCAGUCAACUACUGCUAUUCACUGAGAUGAAAAUUAUGUCCUCUUUGGUGGUUCUAAGUAUUUGUUAAGAGUUUUGAGAUACAGUAGACUGUGAGAUUGAUUUCCUUGGCCAGUAAAAAAAGGGGGGUGCAUCCAAUCCCUGUGACUUCUUUGAUUUGUUAGGUCUGCUUUAAACAAUCUGUAUAUCUGAUGUAGAAUUUAUUUUUCUCUGUUUAACACUGAAAUGCAAUCUCAAAAUGUGAUGUCCCCAUGUGUAUUUUAAUCGGAAGGGACACCCCCCUGCACCCCACCAACUACAACUCAAACUGUAUGCCCCAGUGGCAACAGUUUGGUGGUGGUGUUAUUUUACUUAAAACUUGUGAAUAUAUUAAUUUACAGUCUACCUAUUUUCAUGUCUGCAAUUAUUUAUUUAUUCUUAGUAAAAAUUGUUUGAAAGCUACUGAUGGCAAUAUUUUAUAGUAGUUAAAACACAAAACUAAUAAUAAAAUCAAGGAAAUAAUAAA